AUGGCGGCGCCCGGGGGCUCGGCGGGCGCCGCGGCGCUGAGGGCGCUGGUCCAGCAGUUCACCGCCAUCACCGGUGCCAGUGAAAGCGUGGGGAAGCACAUGCUGGAAGCCUGCAACAACAACCUGGAGAUGGCUGUCACCAUGUUCCUGGAUGGAGGGGGCAUAGCAGAGGAGCCCAGCACCAGCUCUGCAGCCGUGUCUGCUGCCCGCCCGCACCCCGAGGAUGAAGUACGAGCUCCAAUUCCUCAAAAGCAGGAAAUCUUAGUAGAGCCUGAGCCCUUGUUUGGAGCUCCUAAAAGACGCAGACCUGCUCGCUCAAUAUUCGAUGGCUUUCGGGAUUUUCAGACAGAAACCAUCCGGCAGGAGCAGGAGCUCCGCAAUGGAGGAGCGGUGGACAAGAAGCUGACAACGCUGGCUGAUCUCUUCAGGCCUCCCAUUGACCUGAUGCACAAAGGCAGCUUUGAAACGGCCAAGGAGUGUGGUCAGAUGCAGAACAAGUGGCUCAUGAUAAACAUUCAGAACGUGCAAGAUUUUGCCUGCCAGUGCCUCAACCGUGAUGUGUGGAGCAACGAGGCUGUGAAGAACAUCAUCAGGGACCACUUCAUUUUUUGGCAGGUGUACCACGACAGUGAGGAAGGACAGCGGUACAUACAGUUUUAUAAAUUAGCAGACUUCCCUUAUGUCUCCAUCCUGGAUCCCAGGACAGGCCAGAAGCUCGUGGAGUGGCACCAGUUGGAUGUGACUUCUUUCCUGGACCAAGUGACCGGGUUCCUGAGCGAGCACGGCCAGCUGGACGGCCACUCCAGCAGCCCUCCCCAGAAAUGCUCCCGCUCUGAGAGUCUCAUCGAUGCCAGUGAGGACAGCCAGCUGGAAGCUGCCAUCAGAGCCUCCCUGCAGGAGACACAUUUUGAUUCCUCCCAGGCCAAGCAGGAGAGCAGGUCAGAUGAGGAGUCGGAGUCAGAGCUUUUUUCUGGAAGCGAAGAGUUUAUUUCUGUUUGUGGCUCUGAGGAGGAGGAGGAGACAGAGAUUCCAGCCAAGCUGAGGAAGUCUCCACACAAGGACUUGGGGUGUAAAAAAGAGGAGAGCCGGAGGCCUCAGCCUGAGCCCUCUGCAAGGACUGAGCCUGGGACAACAUCAAACCACAGAGUCCUGCCCUGCAUCGAUGCAGGGGCUCUGGAGGAGUCGCCUGACAAGCCUGAAAGCACCUUCCGGGGCCUGGACGUGAAUGGACCAAAGGCACAGCUGAUGCUGAGGUAUCCAGAUGGAAAGAGGGAACAAGUUUCACUGCCUGAACAAGCUAAACUACUGGCUCUUGUGAAGCACGUCCAGUCCAAAGGAUACCCCAACGAGCGCUUUGAACUGCUCACCAACUUCCCCAGGAGGAAACUCUCCCACCUGGACUAUGAGAUCACGUUACAGGAGGCAGGCCUGUGUCCUCAAGAGACUGUCUUUGUGCAGGAAAGGAAUUAGCACUGUGGCCUGAGUUCUCCCAGCCUUCCUCCCUCUCCUCUUUGCCUGGGAUAAGAGUGGUUAAAUAUGCAGUUAAGGGUCGUGGGAUUGCAGUGCUGGAAUCAGGCAGCUGACUGGCCCUUCCUUCUCCCUCCUCCUCUCUCUCCCUCCCUUCUCCCUCUCUAGUGACCAAAUGAGAGUGCUCAGAGUUUUAUUCCUCAGCUGCAGAGAGCAUUGGGAAGAACAUCUUUCCUCUGCUUUCCUGGAAUAAAGUAAAACAGUGAUCUGUGUAUCCAGCAUGCUGGAGCUUGGAGUGGCCAUAAUACACAAACCCUUCUCGCUGCUAUUCUUAAAUCUGUUUUGUUUAAUUUAUUUUUGAAAAGAGUGUGUGAUGAGGCAUGGAGGCAUCUCUCUGUAAGGAGAGGGCGUAACCUUCAGGGCAGUCUUUCCUUUGUUUGGAUUCCCUACACAAAAGGUCUCCCUUAACCUUCCAGCCUUCUCUGGUUUUCGAAAGGAGUUGGGUUGAGCCGUGCUAAAAUGCUCUGCUCCACCUAAUUCAAAGACUUCUAGAUUGCCUGCAUGUUUUCCUCCUGCUUUAAAUUACCAGGGGACAUAGUAAAAAAACAACCAAUCCCCCAGAAAUCCAACUGUGCUCCAUAUGGGAUUGCCUGCUUGGCCCAGAGGGAAAGCUGUGAGUCCAGUGCUGGAGCAGAACCAGCUCCUUUGUGGGGUGGGUGGGUUAUCCAUGUUCCCUUCCCUGCAUCCUCAAAGUGUCUCCUUACUUGCUCUCAGGAUUUUGCAAAUAACAAGGGUACUGUAAAGGUUUUGGAAUCCUGAAAACACCUGCCACAGAGACCUGACAGUCAGUUGGCUUUUCUCCUUUUUAUCUAGGAGUGAGUGGCUUUACAGGGGUUUUACAGUACUGACAGCACUGAGCAUCAAUUAAUGCUUCAUAAAACACUUCCCAGCAUGGUGGCUUGAAUUCCCUGGGAUGAUUUUUGUUCUAUUUCCGUGUUCAUCUACUGUCACUUACCUCUAAAUUUGGAGGGCUGCAUGGAAAGCUGCUCCUUGGUGCAGGCUUUCCUUUCAGCUCUGGAGGCUGGCACACAAGUCAGUGCCCUGGUUCUCCUCCAGUGUCUCCACCAGAAUGUCAUCCUGCAGAAUUUGGAUUUUUCUGAUGGAGAUUUUGGCCAGUUGGUGUUUCAGCAGAUGGGACAGGAGUUAAGUGGCACAGCCCUCAGCACAGUGUGGUGGAUUUGUGUAUUUACAGCUAAAAACUCAGUUUAACUUGGUCUUCAGUCACUGAGGAGAAGGCACAUGGGACCUGGCAUUACUGCUGCCUUUUUCUGCCUCUCUCAGAUGAUUGUCUUUGUUAAAGACUUUAGUAGUCAGAAAUUUACAUUUUCCAGUUUUUCAAGAUAUUUUGCCUUUGAUUUCAUACUAGCAUCUGUACUUUGGAACCUUUAAAUGCAAGAAAUCACAGAAAAUGUCUGGCAUUUCCCAUGAAAACUUCAACUCACAGCUGUCUCCUGCUCCUAAUUGAGCUUUGACAUGUAAUCAUGCAAUUGUAGAAGUUGAUUUCCCUUUCUGCUGCAGGAUGUAGUGUCAGGAAAGCCGAUUUUCAUCUCAGUUUCCUGAUCAGUGUUUGGUGUGACACCAGAUGUCAUCUUUGGUUUGUAAAGACCCCCGGGUGUGGAGGCUGCUCCCAGCAUGGGGAAGUGAGGAGGAGUUUUGUGUUUGGCCUGUGAAGCAGCAGUGGCACCUCUGGACUGAAGGAUCCUUUAGUUCCUGCAUAUCCAGCCCCAAACUCACAUUUCCAUGUAAUCCUAAAGCUUCCAAAGCAGCUCCAGCUGUCUGGUUAGAAUAACAAGAACUAGGUGUGAUUUAUUGGCACCUUCCCUCCCCUGCCCCUCCUGUGCCUGCUCCUGUGUGUGGGGCUGGGCUGAACUCUGUGAUGAGACCAGGAGUUGCUCAAACAGGGAAAAGAAGAUUGGGAAGUUGAACAUUUACACUGAAAAUGGCAUUUUCUCGUGGUUUCUAGGAGUUUGUUCUGUUCCAGGAAACUGGGUUGGAGUUUUUCUGUCUGUUUCACAGUGUGGUUUUUUCCUAUCACCUUUCUUUUGCUUUGCUUUGAGAGCAAGAAACAGAGAAAAAAAUUUUUAAGGAAUACAUAUCCCUGCAUGUGGCUCUUCUCUUUGUUCAUUCCUCUCUCUCUCUCCUUCCCAACCCAAACAAACCCAGUGCCACACAUCAGCUGUGCUGUGGGGGCUGAAAGCUGAUGAGAAACUGCCCCAACCAGGACACAACUUCUUCAUCUCUUCAUCCCUUGGGAGGAAUGUGGUUGAAAACACGAAUCAAGUCCUGCCUGGGACAGGACAGCUCAUGGCAGUGAAGGUGAUGGGUUGGGCAAUGUUUAAAGAGUCAUUUCUAGAUGUGAAAUCUGAAGCUCAGAUUGCCUUUGCUGGAAAAAAUGUGUUAAAAUUGGUUGGGAAAUACAAUGUUGAGCUGUGAAGGACAGAGGAAGCCAAUCCUUCAAAAGCUGUGGUUUGUGGGUGUCACUGGGUCAGGAUUUGCUGCAAGAGCAGCAGCAGUGCAUGUGGGCAGUGCAGGUUUUCCUGAGUGGAGGGAGAGCUGUCAGGGCUGUUUUGUUUGAAGCUGGAGCUCCUUGCUGCUGGUGAUGUUCCUUUGCCUGUGCUCUUCAUCUAACACAGCUUUCUUUUGUGAUGUAAAACAAAUCCCAUUUGGUGACAACCAGGAUCCUGGAACAGAAGGGGGAACAAGCUCUGGCUUUCCCUGCCAGGUGCAGCUUACACAUUUACUUCCCAUUUCAGAGGCCCACAGAAAGAUUUUGGAUUUUUCUGAUGCUAUGUGCUCUUAAGUCAAGCUGAUUGACCAGCCUCAACAUCACAGCAUUCUCCACUGACCUGAAAAGGGCAGGUAGAGGCUGGGCCAAACACUUCUGGCCAUGCUUUUGUAAUUUUCUUUAGGAUUUGAACAAAAGUCUGUGACUUUUAUGAUUUCUGACAUUGAUGGACUGCAGUGCAUUGCUUUUCCUGGUAAACC